CUCCCCCCCCCCUGCUAUUCCCACUUUCCCGCCCCGUGUCUCGACACCGCACCAGCCGCCUCCCCGCAAUACCACCAUGUCCAACGCCCCCGCUCAGUCGCCUGCCCGCGUGCUGGUCUCUGGCGCCGUGAAGGGCCGGUUCAAGACCCUCUUCGACCGGGUGGCUCAGCUUCAGCAGAAGCACCGCUUUGACUUGCUCUUCCUGACCGGCGACCCCUUCGGCGAAGAUGAGGAGCAGGCCGAGCUGCAGCCCUACCUCAUGGGCGAGGUGGAGAUCCCGGUGGACACAUACUUCAUCACCCACGGCAAGAUGCCGCAGUCGGUGCUCUCACGCCUCGGCCCGCAUGGGGAGCUUUGCCCGAACCUCACCUUCCUCGGUCCGGCCGGCGUGGUUACCCUGCCGAGUGGCGUCAAGGUGGCCUAUGUGUCGGGCGCCUUCUUUGCCCGCCAGGCGCACCAUAGCCUGCCGGCCUUCGCCCUGGAUGAGGAGAUGAAGGCCGCGGCCGCGGCCGCCAAGAACGUCCCCUUCACCCAGCGCGAGGUGGAUGUCUUCCGUAACAUUGCGGCCAACCCGGCCUUCACCGGGGUGGAUGUUCUCCUGACGUCCUGCUGGCCCGGUGACUUGGCCCAGCAUCUGAAGGACGCCCCGCCGGCGACCCUGCCUCCGGGGGAUCUGAUGGUUGGUCGUCUGGCCCGUUGCAUCCGCCCGCGCUAUCAUUUCGCCUCAACCUCCUUCGGCGAGCCCGUUUUCUACGAACGCCUGCCCUAUCGGAAUGACCGCUCUGGCGCUCCAGGCCCAGGGCAGGGCCCGAAGUCCGGCGGUCGGCAGGAGCAUCGGUUCGGCCGCGGCCGGUCCGCUCCUUCGGACGCCGGCCAGCUGUCUCAGGGUCCCAUGAGGCAGAUCCUCCCGCAAACUGCCUGUCGCUUCUAUGGCCUGGCUGACGUCGGCAACACCGCCAAAUCCAAGUGGCUGUUUGCCUUCAACCUGCCGGCCGUCCCGGAUCCCCAGCUGCCCAAGGGCACCACCAACUGCCCGUACCCGAUGUUCGGCCCGGCGCCGGUGGGCUUCCCCUCACAGCCUCCCGGGGCCCUGGUGAAUGACCGCCGCCGGGGUGGCGGCCCGCAUGAUGGCCCCUUCCAUGAUGGCCGGCCGCAGAAGUUUGCUCGCACCGGCGGCAUGGCCCCGGCUUCGGCCCUUUCCCGGCCGGCCGACACUGGCUGUUGGUUUUGCUUGUCGAAUCCGGGCGCGGAGAAGCACCUUGUCAUUUCCCUCGGUGAGCUGGCCUACGUGGCCCUUGCCAAGGGCGCGCUCCAGGCCGAUCACAUUCUCCUCACCCCCAUGAGCCACAGCGGAUGUUUGAACCUCCAGGCGGCCGACGGCGCAGAGGGCGCCGACAGCGAGUCGGGCAUUAGCCUCUCGACGGCCAUCGAAAUCGAGAAGUACAAGGACGCCAUCCGCCGGGCAUUUGCCAAGGCUCGCAAGCGUGCCUUCUUCUUCGAGGUGAUUAUCCCUCGGCCGAGCCACUCUGGUCCGGAGCCCUCGCGCUUUGUUCACGCGCACAUCCAGGCCGUCCCGGUUCCGGCCUCCAAGUGCGACGAUGUCAUGUCCAUCCUCUCCAGCGAGAUCGAGCGCAUCUCCGGUGCACAGCUUGAGCGGGCGCACUUCUCCGAGGAGGCCUCCUUGGCCGAUCCGCUUGCGGGCGAGUCCGCCCCGGAGGAGGGCUGGUUCCGCCAGCGGGCGAUCGAGCUCUCAACCCGCACAACCGAGCUGCUGGCCCCCCUGGCCAGCCCGGAGGUCGAGGCCCCGGCCGGGUCGCCGGCCUCCGGUGUCGGGUACUUCCGCUGCGAGAUCCCGCACGCGGCCGACGGCGCCGACCCCGGGGUCUUCGUUUGCCCGAUCGCCGGGUUCCGCUUUCCCAUGCAACUUGGCCGUCUAGUGGCGGUUGGGGCGCUGGGACUGGACCCGAGCCGCGUCGAUUGGAAAAACUGCAUUGUGCCGAACAACAUCGAGGCUCGGCAGGCCGCCGACUUCCGGGAGUUCUUCUCGGCCUUUGAGCCGACCUUCGAGGAGGAGGAGGCGCCGGAGGAGGAGGACGCCGAGAAUGAGCAAACCGACGACGGCCCGGCUCCCAACGAGGCGCCUGCCGCCCCGGCCGUGGGAGAGCCCACGGCGGCGGCGGCGGCGGCUGCCUCGUCCUAG